AUGGACCGCAGCGUUCCGGAUCCCGUACCCCGCAGCGCGCCUCGCACCCCCGCCACGCAGCCCGCGGGCUCCGCAGGGAAGAAAACAAAGGCGAAGGCACCUCUUCCUCCAGCUGAGAUGAAGGGCAUGGAUGUCUCUUCUGCAGAGGACCCUGUAGAAUCUACUGCUGUCAUCACAGAGCAUCAAGACAAUAUGAUAGAUAAAGACAUUGAACUCUCAGUGGUCCUGCCUGGAGAUAUUCUCAAAUCUGCUACUGUUCAUGGCAGUAAGCCAAUGAUGGACUUGCUCGUCUUCCUCUGUGCCCAGUAUCACUUAAAUCCAUCAAGUCACACGAUUGAUUUGCUGUCUGCUGAAGAGAAUCUCAUCAAAUUUAAGCCAAACACACCAAUAGGAAUGCUGGAGGUAGAGAAGGUAAUUUUAAAGCCAAAAUCUCUGGAUAAGAAAAAGCCUACACCUAUAAUCCCAGAGAAAACCGUGAGAGUAGUGAUCAACUUUAAAAAAACGCAGAAGACCAUAGUGAGAGUUAGUCCGCAUGCACCGCUUCAAGACCUCGCUCCUGUCAUUUGCAGCAAAUGUGAGUUUGACCCGUUGCAUACAGUGUUGUUGAAGGACUACCAGGCUCAGGAUCCCCUCGACUUGACAAAAUCUCUUAAUGACUUGGGACUAAGAGAGUUAUAUGCCAUGGAUAUCAGUAGAGAGUCCUGCCAAAUAUCACACAACCCGGACAUUGUGAAGGAGAAAGAAAACAAAGGGAUUUUCAGCUUUUUCCAACGCAGUAAGAAAAAGCGAGAGCAAACUGCCAGUGCUCCUGCGACGCCACUAGUGAGCAAGCACCGUCCAUCUUUUACGAGGUCCAACACCAUUUCCAAACCCUACAUUUCCAACACACUGCCCUCGGAUGCACCCAAGAAGAGGCGUGCCCCGCUGCCACCCAUGCCCACAUCCCAGGGCGCUGCUCAAGGCCAGGAGAGGCGUGCUUCUUGUGUGGAGAGAUCCACCAGUGUAGACGACACUGAUAAGAGUUCCUCUGAAGCAUUCAUGGUGAGGACAGGGUCACUGCAGCUUAGUAGCACAUUGGUAGGAACUUCAUCUCUGAAGAGAACGAAGCGAAAAGCACCUGCCCCACCUUCGAAAACUCCUCUGGCUCAGACCGAUGAAAGGAACUCUGCAGCUGCUCACGGCCUACCUUUGGAAGAUGGAGUUGCUCCAGACAGCAUUUUGGAAGCGAGCUCUACUGAGGGAAUGUCCAGCCCAGCCGGUGUAAGCUCUGAUUACAGUCUUGAAGAGAUAGAUGAAAAGGAAGAACUGAGUGAGGCAUCUAAAGAGCAGUCUGGAAGUAUUUCUGUGAAGUCGCCUGACAUUGCUUCAGCGUCUACUGAUAUGAUAAUUACCGUGGAGAAUGAUCCUGAUUCAGCCCUCGGCAUCAGUGAUGGAGAGACCUCUCCAAGCUCCAAGGGAAAAGCUCAAGAAGACAGAAACACAGAGGGGCAAGGGCCACAUCAUCCUGUUGUCUGCCAUAUCAGCAUUGAGGACAAAGUAUCUGACAGUGUAAAAGACUUGAAGACAUUGGUCCCAAACCAAGAGAAUGUAGUUCAAAAUGAAAUCAUGGUCUGUGCCACAAGCACAGAUUAUGUGAAAAACAGACUGAAGAAAAUGGAAACCACCAUAGAAGGUGAAGCACUGAGGAAAGCUGUGGACGUGGAAGCUGAUAGAUUGUCAGGCUCUCCUGUGUGUAGAACGGAUAAUGUUAAAAGUUCGAGGGAAGAUCAUCUAGCAGCAUCACCAGGACCAGAUCAAAAAUUGAAUCAACCAGGUGUAGAGAAGACAAAAAUGCAGGAUGCAGCAAUUCAGGCCACCCCUGCUGGCAGUACUUUUGAUGGGAAUCACGAAGCCCGUAAUUCAUCUGACCUCAGGGUUGAUGAGACGGUGCAGACUUCGGAUAGCAGCACAUCAACUCAGCACUCCUCUGCAAGUCUCCAAGAUUCUGUAAAUGCCUCAAGAGAAUUCAGGAGUCAGGGCACCUCAACGUAUGCACAAGAUAGACUCCCUGUGAAAGAGCCAGCUUGUACAUAUGGGAACAAUGACCCUUCAUCACCUGUAGAUGGAAGUGAUAAUCCAGCUGCUUCUUACCUGAGGAACUUUCCACUUUAUAGGCAAGACUACAACCCCAAGCCAAAACCUUCAAAUGAAAUUACGAGAGAGUAUAUACCUAAGAUUGGAAUGACUACUUAUAAAAUCGUGCCUCCUAAAUCCUUGGAAAUGAUGAAAGACUGGGAAUCAGAAACAGUGGGGAAGAAAGAUGACCAAAAGAUGCUUGCUGUAGGGCAGAAGCAUAUGAUUGAGAAUAUGUCAGAAGCUUCCAUGCAAACAGAAGCCCUCGUUACUUCUAAGAGCUCACAUCAGCCCCAGCCUGACCUUAAACCAAAGCCCAGCUCAGGAACAGAUCGUCAUUUGCACAGGACUGUGAGUUCACCAGUUAGUACCGAGAUGAACCCUCCCAAACCUCCCAGAAUGACUACGGACUCUGGCACCAUUCCUUUUGCACCAAAUUUGGAAGAUAUAAACAAUAUCUUGGAGUCAAAAUUUAGAUCCCGAGCUUCCAAUCCCCAGGCCAAACCAAGUUCAUUCUUUUUGCAGAUGCAAAAGAGAGCAUCAGGCCAUUAUGUGACAUCUGCAGCUGCUAAGAGCGUCCACACUGCCCCUGGGCCUACUCCUAAAGAACCAACAAUCAAGGAGGUGCAAAGGGACCCACAGCCUCCUCCAGAACAGCGUCUUUCUCCCUUGAGUGAAAGAACUCACUCUGUUCCACUGCCCAGUAUUUCAAAAGCUGCUGAUGAUAUAAUUCAGAAGCCUGCUGAGACCUCUCCUCCUCCUGUAGCUCCCAAACCUAUGGCUAUUCCUGUUGAGACCUCUCUUCCCCCUGUAGCUCCCAAACCGGUGACUAUUCCUGCUGAAGCUUCUCCUCCUCCUGUAGCUCCCAAACCUAUAGCUCUUCCUGCUGAGACCUCUCUUCCUCCUGUAGCUCCCAAACCUGUGUCUCUUCCUGGUAGUCAGGGAGCAUCACUAAACCUGAAGACCUUGAAAACAUUUGGGGCUCCAAGACCAUACUCCAGUUCUGGCCCCUCACCCUUUGCUCUUGCUGUAGUGAAAAGGUCACAGUCGUUCAGUAAGGCAUGUUCAGAGUCAUCCAGUGAGGGCUCCUCUGCCCAGCCUCCAGCUGCCACACAGGAUGAAAAGACACAUAUAGUAAAUAAGUCUACGGUGGGCUCCCAACAUGAUGAUGUUGAUAAGCAAAAUAAUCUUGUACAGAAUGAGCACAGUUUUCAAGUGCUGACCCCAGCUGAUGGCCCAUCGUUCACCCUUAAGAGACAGAGUUCUCUAACAUUCCAGAGCUCUGACCCAGAGCACGUCCGCCAGAGCUUGCUCACCGCAAUCCGGUCUGGAGAGGCUGCUGCCAAGUUGAAGAGAGUUACUGUUCCAUCCAAUACAAUAUCUGUGAAUGGGAAGUCAGGCCUCAGCCAGUCCAUGUCCAUUGACGCCCAGGACUGUCCCUAAUAUUACCCUGCUGUGACAACACUUCACCGACCAGCUUUCUGCCUAUAAGAAAUAUUGACAAAUAUAUAUUCAGAUGUACAUUAAUAUAUAUCUGUUCAAGAAUAAACAUUUGUAUUAUGGAUUUAAUGCCAAAAGAAAAAGAAGUAGAAUUUAUAAUUUAUAAUAAUUUUUGGCCUUUUUGUUACAGCUAAAUACUGCUGCUUUAGAAAUGUUAAACAAGGUAUAAAUGACUUGGUUUUUUCCAAUGAUGAAUAAUCACUGCUUACUUUUUUUUUAGUGGACAUACUGUGCACCAUGAAACAAAGGUGUAAAUUGAGAUUUAUAGACAUAUUUUAUGACACAGAAACAGGCAAGCACAGACUAACAUUUACUGCCUCAGCAUUAGGCUAUAAUUAGAAAGAUAAAUUAUAGUACAGCCUUUGUUGCUGAAAGAUGUGGACUAUUAGUAAAUCAAAUAAAUAUUGCUCAGUUAUUUUUAUUGAGGAAUCACAAUGAGACUUUUUUUAUAUAUUCUUUAAUUACAAGUGAGUAUCACAUCUGUAGGAAACAGUUAAGUAUUUUUAAAUAGAACACUUUAACCUUUUAGGAGUAAAAUUGCACAAGAAGACUUUAAGAUAUUUUCUGUAUAUAGUUAUGAUGUUGUUACACAGAUAUUGCAUAUUUUCUAAUGCCAGAGACCUUAAAAUAUUCCUGUGAAAAUGUUGAUACAUGGUGAUAGUUAUUUCACUUUUGGUAUAGGGAGGAAUAGGGUUAGUUUAUGUCCACAUUCAAAACUUUGAAGUUAGACAUUUGCAAAAUCCUGAUUUUAGUUAAAGAAAAUGCUAAAUUAGUCAUUUAUGUAGCUCAGAUGCUAGUCAUCUAAAUAAUAUAUAUUUUUCUGAAAGCCAAAAUGGUUGAGAGAAACAGAACUUGAUGUGUUGACUUAAGUGCUCCAGAGGUUUAGGACAUGUUAGUGUCCUGAACUCCUUAAGAAUUUAAUUUCUCUUUUAUUCAAAAAAACAACUCAAGUACCUGACACUGUUUGAACUCUUACUAAAGCUACUGGAGUAUCUGUCAUUUUGACACAUGUGAACCUUUUUCCGUUUAAUAAAAGCAAGUUAUAUAU